AUGAGAAGGCGUGACUGUGAUCUUCGUGAUGACCGUGGUGUUCCUCAUGAUUGGCCUGGUGUUCUUCAUAGUGACCACGGUGUUCCUCGUGGUGACCAUGGUGUUCCUCAUUGCGAUGAUGGUGAUAUUCCUCAUGGUUUACUGGAGCGUGCUUGUUUUCAUGGGUUUGAUGAAGAACUAUACUCUGAGACGAGUAGGCAUGACCCUGAUCAUGGCCAUGAUGCUGAUGGUUUUGGGCAGCGACUGCAGCAAAUGCCACGGUGA